UUUGAUUGUAUGGUUCUGUGGCUUUGUUUAGCUGGCCGCUGGCUGUGUGUGUGAAGCGGUUCGGCUGGCGGGGACGGGGCGCUGAUUUAGGAGGAAUUUAAAGGAAGGUGGAUUUGUUCGCUGAAGUGCCCGUGUGAUGUUUGAACAGUGGAGAUGAAAAUCUUUAGUCGAUUUUGUUUUGGGGUCAGUUUGGCCCUUUGGAAUUAAUGCACGAUGGCCAGUGAGCAAAGCGGUGCUGAAGAUGAACCUCCUUCGCUGUUGUGGGGACUGGACCCUGUGUUUUCUGCCUAUGCCAGGCUUUAUAUUAAAGACAUACUACAAAUAAGGGAGUCUCGACAAGUUCCAGGGAUCUACUUCUAUAAGAAUCACCCACUGUUCCAAGUGGACGUGCUGGGAACUGUUGUAUACAAACGAGAGAGAGAAGACUUUUAUUGCUAUGGAGUUGAUGACAGUACUGGAGUCAUCAACUGUCUGUGCUGGAAAGAUGAGAAAUGGAGAGAUCAAGGAGAUUCAGUGAAGGGAAAGGGCCAUGGUGGAGUCUUUAAUGUGGAGGAGCAGUUGAGGAAGCUUUGUGAAGCUCAGAGAAGCAGAUGCAUGUUGGAAAUUGGAGACCUGCUCCAAGUGCGUGGCUCCCUUAAAACCUCCCGGGAGCAGAGGGAGAUCAUGGCUUCCUCGUUUUAUAAAGUGAGCGAUCCUGUGAUGGAUGUGCAGAUUGCUCGAAUGCUGGACAUGCCUCAGCUCUACAGGGACUGCUACAACAAGCCCUUCCAGGUGCCGUGUGCUGAGCUUGAAGCGGGCACCACUGAUGCUGGGGGGGCGUCAAAUAUCCAAUCUAUGCUUGGUCAGUCAGUUCGCAUCCUGAAGGAGUUCCUGAAGGUGAAGGAGGUGCCCAAGUUUAGACCCUAUGACGUUGAGUACCUCUUACACCCUCUGAUCCGGUCGCCUGUUUCGAGCACAUCAACAAGACAGGAGGCGACUUCUGUUGGUCCAUCGUUUCCCACACAAGUCAAGAACCUUCUUAAAGAAACACUGAAGCUUCUCCAGAGAGAGGGGGAGAUAUUCCGCAAGGUCCUGUCCCCAGAUGAGCUUUACCAUGUAACUGAACAGGAUAAAGAUCUGCUUGCAGCGAUCCGAGAUGUCAUACAAGAAGAUUCCAAAAGGGAGAAAUAUGCCGAGAAGGGUUGCCAUAUCCUGCAUGUCUUAUCCAGUGUAAGGCAGCGAUACAGUCGGAAUCUGAGCAGAGAAGCCCUGGAAGUUGCCCUCAAGUUUUUAGAGUGCAACAGUGACAUCAUCAGCACUACGGACUCUCACUACACUGUUUUGUAGCAGUGAGGUUUGAAACAUCUUGGAAAAGCCACAGAUCAUCCCUAUAGACAGUUCUGUAGAAACCUGUGUUAGGUCGAUGGAAAGAGUGUUCAAGUCUUUGGUAUUCCAGAACACAGAAAAAUGGAUUGAGGUGCAGUUACAUUGCUGUAAAUGUGAGGGGGUUCUUAUGAGUAAUUAGAACCAGUUCCAUCAUGAACAGAAUCCGUCAGGGUCACUGGAAAUAGCAUUUUUAUUGAGUGUUUGGUUUGCACUGCAGUUUUGUUUCUGUAUUGCUGUAAUUCUCCUAAAAUUACAAUCAUGUUUCAUUUUA